AUGGUUCGCAAGAAGUUACGGGCGCACUAUAACGGGCCACCCCUCGACACCCUAACCAACCAAAAGGCAAAGACACAGAGAGUGGACUGUGAGAGCUCAGGUGUCAGCAGAGUGCAAAGCAAGCACUCAGAUAUACCUCUGGGGGGUGUAUGGAAAGAACCGUUAAGCCAUUUGGUAGGUAGCGAUUUGAGAACAUGCAUCUUGGUGUGUGCUGUGUCUGUCAGUGCGGGUGGUGGGUCGGAUGGG